GUCUCGUUGUCUCGGGGACGGGGCGCUCUGGUUCUGCUGACGGCCAGGCUGGUUCCUCUGGUGCCAGUGGCUACUGAGGGCGAGGAUUGGGAGGGCUGGCCCGGAGGUGCCGGGAGGAGGCUUGCGGCCCUGUGCCCCGGUAUGAUCACCCUCGCCACUCUGGGCCUACUUUGCAGUUUAGAGUGCGUCUCCCCCAGCCAAGCCUCCGUAGGGAGUGGACCGAGGAGAAUGGGUUCCUUUAUCCCUUGGGGCCUAGAAACCCGUGAACGCAGGACACAAACGCUCAACCCUGUGCUUCAUGCAUUCGGAGGAGGGAGAGUUGGCUGGUUUCUCCAGACGCUGGAGUGGCAGUUGUCUGCUCGUCUGUGUUUGCUCUGGGCAAAGGGAACUGGUGGGAGAGUCUAAGGUUGGGCCCAAAAGCAAAAUGGCUUAAAAACUGGGAUGAUGUUUUCUCAGUUUGGCGAGUCAAGUUGGGUAGGGUAGUGAGAGUGUUAAACGAGAUGAUGGAUCUUACUUAACUGUAGCUGUGUUGUCCUGGUUUCAUUUAGUUGUGCGACAGCUGUGUAACUUGAUUGAAAUGGUCUUCCCCAGAUUUACCUGUGGCAGCUUGUUUGUCCUUCUGAUUCAGCCUGUCAGGGACCUUCUCUGAGCCCACAGUCUGAAGUAACUUUCGGUCAUUUGCACAUCACUCUUCUUUACUUAAAAUCAUUUUUUUUUUUUUGGUGAUUUGCUUCAUAAGCAUAGGGACUCUGACCUCAUUGCUGUAUCCCAGCGCCCAUAAGAAGGUUUGGCACAGAGUAAGUGCCAUCAGAUACACAUUGAAGGAAGGUAAGUGCGGAUUUUGUUGAACAUUGUUGACGUUGCCUACCAUAGAAAUGUAAGUUUUAGAAAUCUGUUGAUCCCUCACAUAACUUACUGAAGAUUCGUAUAUGGACUGUGGGUUUGUGUGUGUGUUUUUGUUUGUUUGUUUAAUGGCUUGUUCUGAUUCUGUUCCUUUGAAGCCUCACAGGAAGAAAAAGCCUUUCAUAGAGAAGAAGAAAGCUGUGUCUUUUCACCUGGUCCAUCGGAGUCAACGAGAUCCUUUAGCAGCAGAUGAGACUGCACCCCAGAGGGUUCUGUUACCCACACAGAAAAUAAAUGAUGAAGAGAGGCGAGCAGAACAGAGGAAGUAUGGCGUGUUCUUUGAUGAUGACUAUGACUAUCUGCAACACCUGAAGGAACCAUGUGGGCCCUCAGAGCUUAUUCCCAUAAGUACUUUCAGUGCACCCGACAGAAGAGAUGAAAAAGAGGAAACUUUAGUAAUUUCAACCACGGGAAUUAAGUUGCCUUCAUCAGUAUUUGCAUCAGAAUUUGAGGAAGAUGUUGGAUUGUUGAAUAAAGCAGCUCCUAUUUCAGGACCUCAGCUGGAUUUUGAUCCUGACAUUGUCGCGGCUCUUGAUGAUGAUUUUGACUUUGAUAAUCCAGACAAUCUGCUUGAAGAUGAUUUUAUUCUUCAGGCCAAUAAGCCAACAGAAGAAGAGGGAACGGGUAUACGGAAAUCUGAGGCCGAAGAUGACAGUGAGUGGGAAGACAUGGAUGAUGAGAAGGAAGGAGGUAGUGAUGACGAUAACUAUGGCUCUGCGGGCUCAUCAGAUGAGGCCAUGUCUGUCCCUGGAAAACCUCCUGGGACUGUAGAAAAUCACUUAUUCUGGGAAGAGGAGACGAAAAGUCGCUUUACUGAAUAUUCUAUAACAUCUUCAGUUAUGAGGAGAAAUGAGCAGCUGACUCUUCAUGAUGAGAGAUUUGAGAAGUUUUAUGAGCAAUAUAAUGAUGAUGAAAUUGGAGCUCUGGAUAAUGCUGAAUUGGAAGGUUCCAUUCAAGUAGACAGCAAUCGCUUAGAGGAAGUCUUGAAUGACUACUACAAAGAGAAGGCAGAGAAUUGUGUAAAACUGAAUACUCUUGAACCCUUCGAGGAUCAGGACUUGCUAAUGAAUGAACUUGAUGGGUCUGAGGAGGAAGAGGUUAUUACUGUAGUUCUUGAAGAAGCCAAAGAGAAGUGGGAUUGUGAAUCUAUUUGUAGUACAUACUCAAAUUUAUAUAACCAUCCACAGCUUAUCAAGUAUCAGCCAAAGCCCAAACAAAUCCGAAUAUCUUCUAAAACAGGAAUGCCUCUCAAUGUCUUACCUAAGAAAGGACUCACAGCAAAACAAGUUGAACGAAUGCAGAUGAUUAAUGGCAGUGAUUUGCCAAAGGUGUCAACCCAACCUCGAUCUAAAAAUGAAAGCAAAGAAGAUAGAAGAGCAAGAAAACAAGCUAUAAAAGAGGAGCGCAAGGAACGGAGAGUGGAGAAGAAAGCUAACAAAUUAGCCUUCAAACUGGAGAAAAGAAGGCAGGAAAAGGAGCUCUUAAACUUGAAGAAGAACGUUGAGGGGCUAAAGCUAUGACGGUAGAACAUUUAGGAUAAGGUGCCUUCCCCACUGGGGCUCCUCGUUCAGUAUUGAACAGGGAUCUGCAGAGAGACAAAACUAUUUAAUCUGCCAUUUUUACUGGCAGGUAUUUAUACCACCAAGUUUUCUCUGCCAUCUGUCUUGUAAAUAUUGUAACAUUUUAAAAGUUAAUAUUAUAAGCUUAGAAUUUGCUCUGAAAUAAAUGAUUUCACAAAUGUGAAAUGUUUGGAUGAGUUGAAGGAAAAUAUCUUCAUAACAUAAAUGGAAUUGGUGUAUUCUUCAUUUAUUUGUAUGAUUGUCCCAGCUGUCCUUUGCAGAUGUUCUCAAAUAUGUCUUUGAAACCUUUCCAUUCCUUUUCAGGAGUUAAGUGGUUUAAUUUGCUGUAUGUAGAAAAGUGACCCCAUUAAACUCCAUUUGAAAUGCUAAGUGGUUAAGAGUUUUCCUGAGAAGAUUCCACUGGUAGGAACUAAGUUUCCCCCUGCUGUAUACAAAGGGCUGUUUCAAAAGGAUGGUAAAAAUGAAUAUUUAUUAGGAUUGUUGGGACUCAAUUACUGGAUAACUUACUUUUGGAAUUUCGGAAGAGUGAAGACAGGAAGCAGAAGCAGAAGUCAAGAAAACGUCCUUGGCUUCAGUGAGUACCUGGCUCAAAAUCAGAAAUAUUUACUUCAGUUUAAACUAAAAAGUUUGUCUUUUCAACAUUAUUUAAUGCUUGGAACCAUUCAUAUUUGAUUAAAAGAUGUAGUUAAAAAUUU